AUGUUCUACUUAUCGCUGGCGGCAAAAGUGGCAUUGAGCAUUUCUUCGGCAGGGGAGCAGGGCUUGAACCCGGAGGAGCUCCAUGAAGCUUUCGCUCGAGCGGAGGAGCUCAGCUACGGACAGGAGGCGACCGUCGAGGCGGAGCAUGGGCCGAUCUUCCUCAGCGCAGCUCCGUCAGGCGCCAGUCUGGGCGGUUCGUUCUGGUCCUUGGAGGCUUUGGGCAUUCGCCUGGCGGUCAUUGGCGCGGCUUGUGCGCUGUCGGUGCCUGUAUCCCAGGGGCUGGAGACGGAGGUGCUCAGGAAAGCUGAGGUGGUGGUGUGCCUGUGCCUUGCCAAGGAAGACGAGGGCGCAGAAGUCCGCUCCAGCCUGCCGGAGGUUUCGCACCAGGCCGCAGCUGUCCUGGGCAAAGGAGGCAACGUGCUCAUUCCCAUCGGGGCGGACCAGGCCUUCACCGAAGAUUUGGUGAUGUCCAUUUCGCGACAGAUCGCAGACCUUGCCGACAAGUGCCAAGCGCCCAUCUUCGCUUGUGGCGCACCGGCUCUCCGCUUGAGGCGGUGCGGGGUCUUUGCAGAGUUUUCGUCGAGAACAUGCUUGGAUCGAGCCCAUAGUGGUGAGCACCCUUUCUUGGUUGAUGCACUUUGCGAAAGCGGGCGGCUUGUUUUGGCAGACAGCAUCUCCGAGAUGGCGGAGUCCUAUCAGGAGCCCUGUGUGCUUUUGCUUCCACGGCGCCUGGCUCAAGGCUUCGAUGGUCGCUGGGCCGGCAACCCGGAAUCUCGGUUGCUACAGAGCGACGUGUCUGUGGAGGGCUGCCGGCUUCCAUGCAUCGGCAAGCCUUUUCGACGUCGGCUGACGGAAUCGGAGCUUCGGCGCUGGACCACUGGUCGUCUACUGCUUACGAGGAACGAUGCUGAGCUUUUCGGAGUCUCCUCCACGCAGAAGGCUGGCAAGUCACCCAUGGUCUUGCCACCUGCAGAGUUCAUGGAUGUGCACGUGGACUUGUCUGUUGCGCGAGUGCAGUGCUGGCUGCCGGAGGAUCAGCUCGCACGUGUCCAGCAAGGCAAGCGCGCCGCAGGCAACUUGCUGGAAGGUGCUUUUGUCGGGCGGAGGAGGCCUCGGAUCUCCUCGCUGGUGUCCAGGGCAGCACCAGCCUUCGAGAUGAGCAAAGAGGCCAUCAAGACGGGAUUCCAAGCGAGAGGGAUUGAAGUGGAAGCCCGGGAAGGAGCAGACGGAAAGGGGACGGAGCUGCUGGUGCCGUCUUUGAGCGCGAGGAUAGUUCUCAACUACCCCACAGUCGAUGCGUCGACUGGCUUGGAGACGAUUGUUGAGUGCACGUCUGCGCAAGGGCGGCGGCAGAUACUGGAGGUGUUGAAUGCGGAGCUCGGGUGA